UGCCGAGCGACAGAGUAAGCUUCGCCAUCGUCCCAGCUUUGCUAAACAGUUUGCUAAUCCAUUUCUAUACCUAUUCUCAUCCCGACCAAAGCAAUGGAGGUAACGAUGGACCCUUUGUUUCUGGCGUGGAGCUAUUUCAGGAGGCGGAAACUGCAACAGUGUUCAGAUAUUUGUACAAAAAUAUUACAAGACAACCCAUACGACCAGGCUGCAUGGAGCUUGAAAACCCAUGCUCUGACAGAGAUGGUAUACAUAGAUGAAGUUGAGGUCGACCAGGAGGGGAUUGCUGAGAUGAUGCUGGAUGAGAGCUCUAUUGCUCAAGUUGCACGCCCUGGAACAUCACUGAGGCUCCCUGGAACAAGUCAGGGUGGAGGGCCCACACCAGCUAUCAGGCCUAUGACACAAUCAGGGCGUCCUAUCACGGGAUUUGUGAGACCCAGCACACAGUCUGGGCGUCCUGGGACAAUGGAGCAGGCAAUCAAAACUCCCCGCACUGCAAGCACUGCUCGGCCUGUCACUAGUGCUUCCGGUAGAUUCAUCCGUCUGGGAACAGCUUCAAUGCUAACCAAUCCAGAUGGACCAUUUAUUAACUUGUCAAGACUAAAUCUGGCCAAGUAUUCCCAAAAGCCCAAUUUAUCCAGGACACUGUUUGAGUACAUCUUCCAUCACGAAAACGAUGUGAAAAAUGCUCUAGAUUUGGCUGCUCAAGCUACUGAGCACGCUCAAUUCAAAGAUUGGUGGUGGAAAGUUCAGCUGGGAAAAUGUUACUACAGGCUGGGUUUAUAUCGAGAAGCAGAAAAACAGUUUCGAUCAGCUCUCAACCACCAAGAGGUGGUGGAUACAUAUCUCUACCUGGCAAAAGUUUACCAGCGUCUUGAUCAACCAAUAACAGCGCUCAACCUUUUCAAGCAAGGCCUGGACCACUUCCCUGGUGAGGUCACCCUUCUAACAGGAAUCGCUCGCAUUCAUGAGGAGAUGAACAACAUUUCUUCAGCCACAGAGUACUACAAAGAUGUCCUGAAGCAGGACAACACUCACGUGGAGGCUAUAGCUUGUAUAGGAAGCAAUCACUUCUACACUGAUCAGCCAGAGAUUGCCUUGCGGUUCUACAGACGGCUGCUCCAGAUGGGGGUGUAUAACUGUCAGCUGUACAACAACCUGGGCCUGUGCUGCUUCUAUGCCCAGCAGUACGACAUGACUCUGUCCUCGUUUGAGAGGGCCCUGGCCCUGGUGGACAGUGAUGAAGAGCAGGCUGAUGUCUGGUACAACAUAGGACACGUGGCUGUGGGCAUAGGGGACCUGACACUGGCCUAUCAGUGUUUCAAACUGGCUUUGGCUUUUAAUAAUGACCAUGCUGAGGCCUACAACAACUUGGCUGUGCUGGAGCUGCGCAAAGGUCGCAUUGAACAGUCUAAAGCCUUCCUACAGACUGCUGCAUCACUGGCCCCUCACAUGUACGAGCCACACUUCAAUCUUUCCAUUCUUUCUGAAAGGAUUGGGGACCUUCAGAGCAGCUACACUGCGGCCCAAAAGUCUGAGGAUGCAUUUCCUGAGCACGUUGACACUCAGCAGCUUCUCAGACAACUUCGGCAGCACUUUGCGCUGCUGUGAGCAUGUGACCAGCAUGCCUAGGAAGAAAGGUUUGAUUUGAAUGACGCUGCUGUGAAACAUCAGAGACACUGCGCCACAGUGGCAGCCAUCAGGCUUCAAAACACAAAGUUAUUAAAAUGCUAAAAGGUUGGCAGGGUAGUCAGACAUGGAAAUCAACAAAUGUGUAUUAGUUCUGGUUUGUGUUUAUUAAAAGGUACAUAUGCACUAAAUUGCCAGUUUAUUAGGUAUACCUAUAACAUAGUUUAACAGAGUGUGUUUCUCCUUGAAGACAGUGGUGCAUAAAUAUGUGGUGCAUUUUCAGAUUUGAAUUUUGGAGUUCUUUAGCCUCGUUAUAGGACAUUUCUUCAUGUGAUCCACAAGCUCUUUAUACCUACAGAAUCCCUGGUCACUGGUAGUUCUCUGCUUUCGCAUCAUUCUUAGGAAAUCCUUGAAACAGCAGGGUGUGAAAAGGCCAAGAUGGCAGCCAUAUGGGAAUUGCUAGAACCAAACUGCCUAGCUCUAGUAAUAAAGUUAAUACUAAGUGUUUGUUAUGGUUUAUGUUAUGAUUAAUGUCUGUGAUAUUUGCAAGCUUAACUUAACAACACAUUGCUAGAUAACACUCCAAACGCUUCUCUGCAAGAUUUUAUACCACACAUCAUGCAGGUAUUUUCCUGAUAAACUAGUAAACUACUGUACAGAUCUGUAUAGUAGUAAUACAUUUGUACAUAGUUAAGGUAAAGAUUUGAUCUAUCACAGUAAAAUAUGUAACUUACAUUUUAUACUUAAGUUCAUAAAUCAGAUGUAUUUUUCAUAUUUUAACCUUCCUUGCUAUUUUGUAGUCUCAACAAAUAUAGACAUGACAAUAAAAAGACCAAUUCAGAAGAUG